UAUUUUCAAGAUCUUAGCGACCUCCAAGACUUUCAAGAACUUAAAAACUUUGAAUACAAUAAAGGCAAUCAAGAUUUUAAUAAUCUGAAGGAUACUUAUGAUCAUUCCUGUAUUCAACUUUUUCAAGACCUUUGCGAUCAUCAUAACAUUCAGGAACCAUGUGACCAGUUUCAGAGUAUUUAA